AAACUAGAAUUUAUAAAAGAAAGAAAACACUAAACACGAUAAUCGAAAUCUGAAGAUAGCUACAUCUGAAAAUUUAAUUUGAUUGUGCAAUUUUAAUUUAAAUGAUAAAAAAGUAUAAAAUAAAAUAAAAUAAAAUAAAAUAAAAGGAGAAGAGAGUAGGAGGAGGAGAUGAAGAGAGAAGAGAGAGGAACGAGGGAUGUGAGCAUGGAAGGUGGGGAGAUAAUGGAAACAGAGACGGCGAUUGAGCAGCAGCAGCAGCCGCAGGCGGCCUCCAACUCCAACUCUAACGCCGUACGCGACUUACUCACAAUGGCUCGGCAGCUUAUCAACCAAGGCAAGCCUUCUCAGGCUCUUCAAGCGGUUGUAAUGGCAAUGAGAACCACAGGAGGGGAUGAUGCUGUAUUUCAGUCCUUGCAUCGUGCUCGAGAAUUGUAUAAGAGUAGACUGCGAGAAAAUGCUGCUGUUGAUCAGUUAGCUUCUUUGUUUGCUGAGUGUGCAAUUGCCGAAGUUCAACCUUUAAAAACUGAACCUUCAGCGGAUUAUAGGGAUGACUCAUCACUUGUGCAUGAUGCUCAUGUGAGCUCUAUACUGGCUGAAACUGGUAGAACACAGAUUGUUUUGGAUGCAUUUUCAGAUGGGAGUAGCUUCAUCUGUUUACAGUGUGGCGGACUGGUUAGCAACCAUCGCAAAGAGGAGCACUAUACAUAUUGGUGUUGCCAAGUAUGAUGAGGUAUUGCAAAGAGUGGAUAUUUGUACUUUUGAAAUGAUAUUAUAGGUUUCAUGGCUGCGUAACAUUUUCCCUUCUAAUGUUACCUGAAGAGAAGUUGUUCCUCUGAAUUUAGUAUCUCUCACUCUCUCUCUCUCUCUCUUGAGAUUUACAUUUUGCUCAAUAUUGUUAAACUGUUGGAAUCUAUUCCCUUGUAUUAUAAGUUUACUACAAUGUUGUAAUCGUUUAAAGUAAAUCAAAUGUUUGUUCAGAAUAUCUAAAUGGUAAACGUUCCAGUUGUGAUAGCGUAAACAAUUGAGAUCAUUAUUUAUGAAUGAAAUUUACCCUAGUUUGGAUAAUUUAAA